GGCGGCGGCGGCGGCGGCGGCGGGACCGGAGGAGGCAGAGCGGCGGCUGGCGGCGGGAGCGGCGGCCCCGGGCGGGCAGGAGCGCGCCAGCCGAGCGCACAGGCCGCGGCCCGCGGAGCCCGCCAUGCCGGCGCGGGUCUGAGGCGCGGCGAGUCAGGGCCGAGGCAAGCGGCGGCCGCGCCGGCUGGGCUUCCCGCAGCGGCGCGGCCGGGCCCGAGGAGCGGCGGCCUCGGCCUCCGGCGCAGCCCGGAAAUGUCCGGCAGGAUCGAGAAAGCAGACUCCCAGCGUUCUCAUCUCUCCUCCUUCACCAUGAAGCUGAUGGACAAAUUCCACUCGCCCAAAAUCAAGAGAACGCCAUCCAAGAAGGGAAAACCGGCCGACGUGUCUGUGAAGACUCGGGAGAAGCCUGUGAGCAAAGAGGCAACAGACAGAUUUCUACCAGAGGGCUACCCUCUCCCCUUGGAUCUGGAGCAGCAGGCAGUAGAAUUUAUGUCCACCAGUGCUGUGGCUUCCAGGUCUCAAAGGCAGAAGAACCUGAGCUGGCUGGAAGAGAAAGAGAAGGAGGUUGUCAGUGCCUUGCGCUACUUUAAGACCAUUGUGGACAAAAUGGCUAUUGACAAGAAGGUGCUGGAGAUGCUCCCCGGCUCAGCCAGCAAGGUGCUGGAGGCCAUCCUACCGCUGGUGCAGAGCGACCCUCGCAUCCAGCACAGCUCAGCCCUCUCGUCCUGCUAUAGCCGAGUGUACCAAAGUCUCGCCAACCUCAUUCGCUGGUCAGACCAAGUGAUGCUAGAAGGUGUGAACUCAGAAGAUAAAGAGAUGGUGACAACGGUGAAGGGGGUCAUCAAGGCGGUGCUGGACGGAGUGAAGGAGCUGGUCAGACUUACCAUCGAGAAGCAGGGACAUCCGUCUCCAACAAGCCCAGUGAAACCCAGCUCCCCAGCCUGCAAGCCCGAGGGCCAGUCCGAGCUCCCCCUGACAGAUAGAGAGAUGGAGAUUCUGAACAAGACAACCGGCAUGUCACAGUCGACCGAGCUGCUCCCAGAUUCUACUGAUGAAGAGGUCGCGCCCCCCAAGCCCCCCUUACCUGGCAUCCGGGUGGUUGAUAAUAGCCCUCCGCCAGCAUUGCCACCGAAGAAAAGGCAGUCGGCUCCAUCCCCAACCCGCGUAGCCGUUGUGGCCCCCAUGAGUCGAGCCACCAGUGGCUCCAGCUUGCCUGUUGGAAUUAAUAGGCAGGAUUUUGACGGGGACUGUUAUGCCCAGAGGCGCCUGUCAGGAGGCAGCCACUCCUACGGGGGAGAGUCGCCCCGCCUGUCCCCCUGCAGCAGCAUCGGCAAGCUCAGCAGGUCGGACGAGCAGCUGUCCUCUCUGGACAGGGACAGCGGGCAGUGCUCCCGGAACACAAGCUGUGAAACACUAGAUCAUUAUGAUCCUGACUACGAAUUCCUUCAGCAAGACCUCUCCAACGCAGACCAGAUACCUCAGCAAGUGGCCUGUAACCUUAGCCCGUUGCCGGAGUCCUUGGGAGAGUCUGGGUCUCCAUUUCUCGGCCAUCCUUUCCAGUUGCCUCUUGGCAGCUGCCCCCAGCCAGACGGGCCCUUAGCCCCAGGGCAACAGACGGACCUGCCGCCUGCCCUCCCCGAGAAGAAGCGCAGGAGUGCGGCCUCCCAGACCUCGGACAGCUCUGGCUCCCGCGUGUCCUACGAGCGGCACCCCUCCCAAUAUGACAACAUCUCCGAGGACGACCUGCAGAACCCAGCCUUGGUGCAGCCCGCCCCCUUCACACCCUUUGCUGCUAUUCUCCCCUUCCAGCAAGGAGGGUCCUCAGCCUCUGUCGAAUUUGUGAGUGACUUCACUGCUCCUGAACCAGCGGGUGACCCAGAAAAACCGCCUCCUCUGCCAGAGAAGAAAAACAAACACAUGCUGGCCUACAUGCAGCUGCUCGAGGACUACUCGGAGCCGCAGCCGUCCGUGUUCUACCAGACGCCGCAGAACGAGCACGUCUACCAGCAGAAGAACAAGCUGCUCAUGGAGGUGUACGGCUUCCACGACUCCUUCAGCAGCGCCGACCCGCAGGACCUGGCGCCGCCCCCCGCCCUGCCUCCCAAGCAGCGGCAGCUGGCCUCUCACGCUGCUUCUUCCUUCUCCUCUGUCUCCUACUGUGUCCAGCAAACUAAAGUGGCCUUCACCCCCGAGGACAGCAGUGCCACUCAGGGCAUCAGUGUGUCCGUCUCUAACUCCUUUCUCAGCCGGCAUGGCAACUUGCCCGUGCCCUCGUAUAAAUCUGUGUUUAGGUCCUACUCCCAGGAUUUCGUGCCUCACAACCAAGCUUCCGCACAACCUUUCCUCCCGUCUACCUCCUCUUCCUCUCCACACUUCCCACCUGUCCACCAGUCUCAGAGCUCGGACUUAGCGCGGCCCGCCGCGGCCAGUCUGCCUCCCAGCACCGCGGACGGGCCCCUUCCGUCUUCUCAGGAGAGCACCUUUCAUGGGAACACUGUCUGCCUUCCUUCCGAAACCUCUCUCCCUGACUCGCCCCAGACGCCUUCGAGUGAACACGCCAGUGCGGAGGCUGGUGGGGGUGAAUACGUCAGUCUGUGCUCCUCUGGCCAGAGCAGCGCGGAGCUGGCUCGCUCUCGAGGAGAAUCGCCAGCUGUGAGAGAUGGGCAUCCCAGAGAUCCCUCCUCGGUCGGCAGUGCUCCCGGGAAGGAAAGUGGAGACGGAGAAAGGGCCCUGAAGUCACCAGAUGGUCCCGAAUCGGCUCAGUCAGAGGAGGAAGUGGACGAACUGUCCCUCAUCGACCACAGUGAAAUCAUGGCGAGGCUGACGCUCAAGCAAGAGGGUGACGACGGGCCCGACGUCCGGGGAGGAUCCGGGGACAUCCUGCUGGUCCACGCGACUGAGACAGACAGGAAAGAUCUGGUGCUGUACUGUGAGGCCUUCCUGACCACCUACAGGACCUUCAUCACCCCCGAGGAGCUCAUCAAGAAGCUGCAGUACCGAUACGAGAAGUUCUCCCCCUUCGCCGACACGUUCAAGAAGCGUGUCAGCAAGAACACGUUCUUCGUGCUGGUGCGGGUGGUGGAUGAGCUGUGCCUGGUGGAGCUGACGGAGGAGAUCCUGAAGCUGCUGAUGGAGCUGGUCUUCCGCCUGGUGUGCAGCGGGGAGCUCAGCCUGGCCCGCGUGCUCCGCAAGAACAUUCUGGACAAGGUGGACCAGAAGAGGCUGCUCCGGUGUGCCAACUGCGACCAGCCCCUGGCAGCCAGGGGCGUAGCAGCCAGGCCGGGGACCCUGCAUGACUUUCACAGCCAUGAAAUAGCUGAACAGCUGACCCUGCUGGAUGCCGAGCUCUUCUAUAAAAUAGAGAUUCCUGAGGUUCUGCUUUGGGCAAAAGAGCAGAACGAGGAGAAGAGCCCCAACCUGACCCAGUUCACGGAGCACUUCAACAACAUGUCCUACUGGGUCCGCUCAAUCAUCAUGUUGCAGGAAAAGGCCCAGGACAGGGAACGGCUGCUCCUGAAGUUCAUCAAGAUCAUGAAGCACUUACGCAAGCUCAACAACUUCAACUCCUACCUGGCCAUCCUCUCGGCGCUGGACUCGGCGCCCAUCCGCAGGCUCGAGUGGCAGAAGCAGACCUCAGAGGGCCUGGCUGAGUACUGCACACUGAUUGACAGCUCGUCCUCCUUCCGCGCCUACCGGGCCGCCCUCUCGGAGGUGGAGCCGCCGUGCAUCCCGUACCUGGGGCUCAUCCUGCAGGACCUCACCUUCGUGCACCUGGGGAACCCGGACUAUAUUGACGGCAAAGUGAAUUUCUCCAAACGGUGGCAGCAGUUCAACAUCCUGGACAGCAUGCGCUGCUUCCAGCAGGCGCACUAUGACAUCCGGAGAAACGACGACAUCAUCAACUUCUUCAAUGACUUCAGUGACCACCUGGCGGAGGAGGCCCUAUGGGAACUCUCCCUGAAAAUCAAGCCCAGGAACAUAACAAGGAGAAAAACGGACCGGGAGGAGAAGACCUAAGAGCAGCGGCCGUGAGCAAGGAGGACGCUCACAGAGGCUCAGCGUGCGGCUCCGAGACCCGAAGGGACUUUGGACCUGUUGUGUGGCAGCAGCGCUGGUCCGGCCUCAGCCAGGGGCCAGCCGGGCAGGAGCCCCGAGUGCGGGCAGCUUCCUGCCCCUUCCUCCCACAAGCGGAGCCCACGGCCCGGCGCGGAGCCAGCAGGCAGGUCUCAUUGCCGAUUGUGAACUGGUGGUUUUCUCAUUUGGUUUCUGCUUUCACGUCCGUCUUCCCCCUCCCCGUCCCGCCUGAUCCUCCUUCCACCUGGGAGCCGCGGAGACUGCCCCUCCCUGACUUCCAGGGUCCGGAUCUGCUGAAAUGAUGAAUGAGUGGAGGCUCGAGGACCUGGUGGGGGCUGCACCCCGGGGACCGUGAGUGAAGGGACAGUUAGCUGGGUGGGCAGAGAGCAGAGCAGGCUUGGCUGGGGCUCCGUACUUUCCAGCCCUGCUUUUUAAGGUGGAGGACGGGGCGCCGCUCACCUGGCCCUCUAGGUACGACAGGUGGCCUCAGCAGCCCGAGCUCAGGCGCUCCUGUCACGGUACUGGCCCCUAGCACCGCCCUCAGCCUGCGGGCACCCGGCUGCUGGCCAGGCAGUAAGUAGCAGUGGCUGCCCUCUCUCCUUGCCCUUAUCUCCCCCACCCCGUCACCUGGCACUGAGGGAGCUGGGAAGAGGAGGUUGGAGCAAGGGAGCACUUUGCCAUCCAAGAAAUGCAUUUUAGCUGAGCUGGGUUCGUAGCUCUUGGGUGAGUUAAUUCAGAGAGAGGGGAGUACAGGGGCGUUUCUGUCUAGGGGGAGGCCUCUGGCCCCCUCCUGUCGCUUGCUGUGUGCCUUAAACUCCAUCUCCUGCCCCCUCCGGCCCAUGGGCUCCCCUCCUACCAUGCUCCAUCCUGUGGGCAACAAGGACUCCUCACCGGUGUCCCCACCGCUGUUGGCUCGCCCCUGGGAGGGACGGUGUCCCUGAGAGGCCAGGGUCUGGGCUGCCCGGCCACACCCCAGGGCAGGCUCGCCCACCCGGAAAGCGUCUUUGCGAACAGUGCUCUCCGUCCCCCUGUGCAGACCACUCCUGCUGCUGAGGUGACAAUCCGAGGCCAGGCUGCAGGCCCGCUCUCAGGUGCCGGCCGGAGCUCCCACGCGCCGUGGGCUCCGAUGGGCCCGCCUCUGCGCCCUGCUGCGCGCGGUGGAGUGCUCACCUGUCCCGGGGUUGGCACUGGCCACGCAAACUCCAGGGCUAACUGUGCUCAGCCAGAACCGAGGACAGGAGAAAGCCACGCCCGUUGGUUACUUAGAUUUUGUUGGUAAAGAAGGGUGUCACUUUGAGUCCUUCACGGUUUUGAUGAGCUGUUAGCAGGAGCAAGGCUGUGCUGGCCUUGCCCUCGUCUGUCCUGUGUGUGGACGGAGAGGCCAUGAAAUGUCGGUUACGGUCCCUCUGGCGUGGUCCUGCCGGCCGCGGCCAGAACACGUCACUUUACUAUUUAAGAGUGUGUGUGAGUCACUGUUUACCAGCAGUGCAGCGUGUGGGGGGGUUUCUAGGCUGUGCCUCGUUCCUGUCCUCGUCUCAGUCUUCCCCAGCUGCCCGCUCUGCCGCUGCGCUGGGCCCUCGGGGCUCCUGGGCGGAGGGAACCGGGGUUCCCCUGCAUGUGGGAGCGCCACAGGCCAAGACGCAGCCUCAGAAACCCAGCCACUCGCCGAGAGGCGUGUCUGCGGCCUGUCGGCCGGUUCUCAGCCAUGAGCUGGUGGGGAGGGGGUGGGGGCUCCACUUCCCCCAGUUCAGGAGUGGCCCCGCCCACCCCUCCCCGCGCCCUCGGUGGUCUGCGCAGAGGGGCCAGGCACGGCGAGCAGCGCCCAAGCCCGGAGCGGGGACAGCAGGUGCAAUGUGUGUGUGAAUUCCUGCCGCGGGCUUCCCACCCGUGCCUCAUUAACACGUCCUCUUGGCUCCGGGGGUUACCAGACCCCAUGCCAGCACCACAGCCCUGCCGUGAGCUGUCUGUCUCGGGGACAGGGUAUGAGACUUGAUCUUCAGGACAGACAGACAGACACACGACCAGACGGUCGGGUUCCCUGCAGGUGGGUAGAGCCAAGGAGAGGGCAGGCUGGCGCCACGUCUGAACUGAACCCGAGAAGCACCGCCCCCGCCCCCAGUGUUACAUUGUAAUAUAUAUUCCCGACUAACGGCUGAUAGGGCAUCUUCCUGCAGACAUUUCAAAUGUGUACCUUUUAUACGAGAGGAAAAUAAACAGAUGACAGCCACUG